UGUUAAGGGAAAUACAUGUACCUCACUCCUGCUUUCAACGUUGAAAAUUCCAAGAAGACUGUUAAAACCAAGUAUCAGUUUUUGGCAUACUCCUGCAGCUGCACAGAGAUGCUUGAGGGAUCCGGGCCUUACUUAUACAGCACAUGCAUAAAAGGCUGCAAGUCCUGUUUCCUUCGGAGAUUUUCCAUCCAGCCUGCCCAGCAGAGGAAGAUUCCAAACAGGUACCUGGGCCAGCCCAGCUCCUUCACACAUCCGCACCUUCUCAAACCAGGGGAGGUAACACCAGGAUUGUCACAGGUGGAAUAUGCUCGCCGACACAAGCUAAUGACUUUGAUCAACAAAGAGGCGCAAGAAUGGGGUGGGGUGGACCACACAGUGAUUCUGCUAUCCAACCCCACCUACUACAUGAGCAACGACAUCCCAUACACCUUCCACCAGGACACCAACUUCCUGUACCUUUGUGGCUUCCAGGAGCCUGACAGCAUCCUGGUGCUGCAGAGUUUGCCUGGCAAGGCACUGCCAUCCCACAAGGCCAUGCUAUUUGUACCACGGCGAGAUCCAAGCCGAGAGCUCUGGGAUGGGCCACGAUCGGGUACAGAUGGGGCAGUAGCUUUGACAGGAGUGGAUGAAGCUUACCCCAUAGAGGAGAUUAGACACCUGGUGACCAAACUGAAAGGUGACUCAAACAUGGUUUGGUAUGAUUCUGAAAAGCCAGUGCACACACAGCUCCACUCUGACUACCUGCAGCCUCUGGCCGAAAUCAAAGCUGGGAGCAAAAACAGCGUCCGAGCUAUUCAUCACCUAGUACAACAACUCCGGCUGAUCAAAUCCCCUGCAGAGAUCGAGAGGAUGAAGGUUGCUGGAAGGGUGACAUCACAGGCUUUUAUAGAGACAAUGUUUGCCAGCAAAUUCCCAGUGGAUGAAGCAUUUCUGUAUGCUAAGUUUGAAUUUGAAUGCCGGGCACGAGGGGCUGACAUCUUGGCUUACCCACCUGUGGUCGCUGGUGGCAACAGGUCCAACACCUUGCACUAUAUAAAAAACAACCAGCUUAUCAAGGAUGGAGAAAUGGUCUUACUGGAUGGUGGAUGUGAGUCUUCCUGCUACGUAAGUGACAUCACUCGUACCUGGCCCAUCAAUGGCAGGUUCACUGAUCCCCAAGCAGAGCUGUACCAGGCUGUCCUGGAGAUCCAGAAGUCCUGCCUGAGCCUCUGCUCUCCAGGUGUGAGCCUGGAGAACAUCUACAGCCUCAUGCUGAGCCUUAUGGGACAGAAGCUGAAAGAGCUGGGGAUCCUAAAGAAAAGCACCACUGAGAACCACUUCUUCAAGGUUGUUCGGAAGUACUGCCCGCAUCAUGUGGGCCAUUACCUGGGUAUGGAUGUUCAUGACACACCAGACAUGUCCCGAUCGCUCCCACUCCAGCCGGGCAUGGUGAUAACCAUCGAGCCAGGCAUCUACAUCCCCGAGGAUGACAUGGCCGCCCCAGAGAGGUUACGUGGCCUCGGUGUGCGCAUCGAGGAUGAUGUUGUGGUGACGGAGGAAGCACCCCUGAUCCUAUCUGCAGACUGCCCCAAGGAGAUCUAUCAUGUCGAGCAGAUCUGUGGCCGCAGCCUGUGAUUUCUCUCCUCUGCCUUAUACACUCUGCUUGGGUUCCUCAGGAAACGUGCUCCCACUCACACAUGCAGUGAUGUAUAUUUCUGUGAAUGGACCUGGUUGUAGGGCAGUUGGGGAGGUGGGGGUUGGGAUGGAAGUUGUUGCUGGUGUGGGGACUCUGUAGUUAGGACAGGAAUUGGAUAAUUAAUGGCUCAGGUAAU